CGGAGCUCUCGUGCGGACCGCUUCCCAGCCCGAGCUGAGUUUAGGGGACGGAGGGGGGAAAAAAAAAAAGAAAAGAGACUGCAGCCGAGCGGCGGGAUUUGAUUUCCACGCGAUGUCGUUCAAGUGAGAGGACGCGAGAGAACCGAGUCGUCCGACCUAAGUUUCAUUUAACGUUUAACACAUUUUUUUUUCCCCGUUUAAUUACUAUUUAUUCACAUUUUGUCUUUUGCGCAGCUUAAAAAGUCAAACACUGUGUUCUAGUCAAUAGAACAAAUAGUCAAAACCAGUCAAAAAUUUCCAUGGAAGGAAAAGUUUCCGCGGCGAAAGGAUAAUACAAAGAGGAGGGAGAAAAAUAUCUUCGGAACAGGUAACAAACCUGAACUACGAGGGGGGAACCUCUAAGAAGUCGGUGCUUUUUGAGCCAGAGUCGGAUCGGAUCACGUCGCUGGCGGUGAUGGAUAUGAGAGACAGGAGGCACCACUCGCUGACUCAGAACCGUCACGAGAAGGAGUUCCACUACACUUCCGCGUCGCUGGACAGCGAGGACUGCCACGUCCCCACCCAGAAGUCCUACAGCUCCAGCGAGACUCUGAAGGCCUACGACCACGAUUCCCGUCUGCAUUACGGGGGCUGUGUGGCCAACCUCAUGCACCGGGAGUCUGAGGAGUUCACCAGGCACACCUACGUGGAGCUGGCCCCCAUUGGCAUCAGCUACAUCAUCUCAGGGAACUUCACGCUGGCAGAGCUGGGCGUGCGCGACGCGACCGCGCGCUCGGCCCCGUACCAAGCCGACGCGGGACCGGCGCCGCGAGGCUAUUCUCCGAGCGUGGCUUCGGACGCCGACUCGGACGUCGACGCCGAGGAGGCCGUGUCCCCGGAGCGAGCCGUGCAGCUGUGGAGCAGCCGCGACACCAAGUCCCGCCGCAGCUCUGGGCUCUCGAGCCAGGAAAACUCCGUCCUUACGCUCACCGACUCGGACAACGACGGCAAGUCCGACAAUGAGUCAGGUCCUGCCAACCACCACAACCAGCCAAGCCUGCGCCCACCACUGCCUCCCUCCCACAACCACCAGGCCCUUUCGCACCACAACGCCACUGGCAACUCGCUGAGGCGCAACUCCCUAAGUGGUCGACGGAGCCACGCACCUGUCCCUCCCCCCCCUGAUGGUCCCACCACACCUGAGUCAGUGCAGCUCCAAGACAGCUGGGCCCUCAACAGCAGCGUGCCACUGGAAACCAGACACUUUCUCUUCAAAACAUCUUCGGGGACCACGCCGCUGUUCAGCAGCUCCUCGCCGGGGUACCCGCUCACCUCGGGAACGGUGUACUCUCCCCCGCCCCGGCUGCUGUCGCGAAACACCUUCUCGCGCAGCUCCUUCAAGCUGAAGAAGCCGUCCAAGUACUGCAGCUGGAAAUGCGCCGCCGUCUCCGCCAUUGCCGCCGCCACGCUGCUGGCCGUCCUGCUCUCCUACUUCGUAGCCAUCAACUUGCUCGGACUCAACUGGCGGCUGCAGCCCGCAGAUGGCCAUUUGAUCAGCAACAGGCUCAGCACACAGUUGCCAGGCAACAGCUACGUGGCAACAUUGCCCUCUGGGGGCAGAGGGCCCUGGCCGCUGCGGAACACUAGUAUCGACACGGGCGAAUUGGAGGUGGGUCGGCGCAUCACCCAGGAGGUCCCGCCGGGCGUCUUCUGGAGGUCCCUGCUGCACCUCAGCGAGUCGCAGUUCCUCAAGUUCAACAUCUCCCUGAGCAAAGAUGCGCUGUUCGGGGUUUACAUCCGCAAGGGGCUGCCGCCUUCCCACGCACAGUACGACUACAUGGAGCGCCUGGACGGGAAGGAGAAGUGGAGCGUGGUGGAGUCCCCUCGGGAGCGCCGCAGCGUGCAGACGGUGGUCCUCAACGAGGCCGUCUUCGUGCAGCACCUGGACCCCGGCAGCUGGCACCUGGCCUUCUACAAUGACGGAAAGGACAGGGAAAUCGUCUCCUUCAACACCGCCGUGCUCGAUUCCGUGCAAGAAUGCCCCCAAAAUUGCCAUGGCAACGGGGAGUGCAUAUCCGGCGAGUGUCACUGCUUCCCGGGCUUUCAUGGAACGGACUGCUCCAAAGCGGCCUGCCCGGUGCUGUGCAGCGGAAACGGUCAAUACGACAAGGGGGUCUGCCUGUGCUACAGUGGCUGGAAGGGGCCCGAAUGCGACCUGUCCGUGGGCCAGUGCGCCGACCCCCUGUGUAGCGGGCACGGCACCUGCGCCGAGGGCACCUGCGUGUGCGCGGCGGGACGCAAGGGAGAGAGCUGCGCCGAAGCGGAUUGCCUAGACCCCACCUGCUCCGGGAACGGGAUCUGCGUGAGCGGCGAAUGCCACUGCAAGUCGGGCUGGGGGGGGGCCCUCUGCGAGCUCCCGCAGUCCCAGUGUCCCGAUCAGUGCCACGGCCGAGGCGCCUUCGUCCCCGACACCGGCGCGUGCAGCUGCGACUCCAACUGGAUGGGCCCGGACUGCUCUGUGGAGGUGUGCUCCGUGGACUGCGGCAGCCACGGCGCGUGCAUGGGCGGGGCGUGCCGCUGCGAGGAGGGCUGGACGGGCGCGGCCUGCGACCAGCGCGUCUGCAACCCGCAGUGCGUCAAGCACGGCACCUGUAAAGAUGGCCGGUGCCAGUGCGAGCGGGGCUGGAACGGGGAGCACUGCACCAUCGACGGAUGUCCAAACCUGUGCAGCGGGAAUGGUCAGUGCAUCCUGGGACAGAAUAGCUGGCACUGCGAGUGCAUGACAGGAUGGAGAGGCUCCGGCUGCAGUGUUGCCAUGGAGACCUCUUGCGCGGACAACAAGGACAAUGAAGAAGAUGGGCUCACAGACUGCAUGGACCCCGACUGCUGCCUCCAGGGUCCCUGCCAGACCAAUCCAUUGUGUCUGGGCUCCCGGGACCCUCUGCAGACCAUCCAGCAGAACCAGACCCCCGUUCAGAAAGUGAGGUCAUUUUACGACAGGGUCAAAAUGCUGGUGGGCAGGGACGGCACACACACCGUACCGGCAGACAACCCCUUCAAUGCCAGCCUGGCGUCUUUGAUCCGAGGCCAGGUUCUCACCAAAGAUGGGACGCCUCUCGUGGGAGUCAACGUGUCCUUUGUCAAACACCCCCAGUAUGGCUACACUCUCACAAGACAGGAUGGGAUGUUUGACCUGAUUGCCAAUGGCGGGGCCUCGUUGACGCUGCACUUCGAACGCGCUCCAUUCCUGAGCCAGGAGCGCACCGUGUGGUUGCCCUGGAACAGCUUCUACGCCAUGGACACGCUGGUGCUGAAGACGGAGGAGAACACCAUCCCCGGCUGCGACCUGAGCGGCUUCGCAAGACCCGACCCCGUGGCGGUGGCCUCACCCCUCUCCUCCUUCUUCAGCUCCCACGCAGGAGAGAGGCCCAUAGUUCCCGAGACUCAGGUUCUUCACGAGCAGGUGGAGAUCCCAGGAACCAGCCUGAAGCUGUGCUACCUGAGCUCACGUGCAUCAGGCUAUAAGUCCCUGCUGAAAGUGACCAUGACCCAGGCUCUCGUGCCCCUCAGCCUCAUCAAAGUGCACCUAAUGGUGGCGGUGGAAGGUCACCUCUUCCAGAAGUGGUUCCACUCAUCCCCCAACCUGGCCUACACAUUCAUCUGGGACAAGACUGACGCCUAUGGCCAGAGGGUCUAUGGCCUGGCGGAGGCUGUUGUGUCCGUAGGCUACGAGUACGAGACGUGCCCCAGCCUGAUCCUGUGGGAGAAGAGGACCGUCGUGCUACAGGGCUACGAGCUGGACCCCGCGCACCUGGGGGGUUGGUCCUUGGACAAGCAUCACAUCCUCAACAUCCGCAGCGGGAUCCUGCACAAGGGCAGCGGCGAAAACGUCUUCGUGUCGCAGCAGCCGCCCGUCAUCACAAGCGUCAUGGGUAACGGACGCCGGCGCAGCAUUUCCUGCCCCAGCUGCAACGGCGUGGCGGACGGGAACAAGCUGCUCGCCCCCGUGGCGCUGGCGGUGGGCGUCGACGGCAGCCUCUACGUGGGAGACCUCAACUUUGUGCGCAGGGUGUACCCCUCUCUCAACACCACCGCCAUCCUGGAGCUCAGGAAUAAGGACUUCAGACACAGCAACAACCCGGCACACAAGUACUUCCUGGCGACGGACCCGGUGUCCGGCGCGCUCUACCUGUCGGACACCAACUCGAGGCAGAUCUUCCGGGUUCGCUCGCCGACCGGGGCGCGUCCGCUGUCGGACAACUCGGAGGCGGUGGCGGGGACGGGGGAGCAGUGCGUGCCCUUCGACGAGGCCCGCUGCGGGGACGGGGGCAAGGCGGUGGAGGCCACCCUCAUGAGUCCACGGGGCAUCGCGGUGGACAAAAAUGGACUCAUGUACUUCGUGGACGCCACCAUGAUCCGCAAAGUGGACCAGAACGGCAUCAUCUCCACGUUGCUGAGAACCAACGACCUUACCGCGGUGCGACCGCUCAGCUGCGACGCCAGCAUGGACGUGAGCCAAGUGCGCCUGGAGUGGCCGACCGAUCUGGCGGUAAAUCCCAUGGACAACUCUCUGUACGUCCUGGAGAACAACGUCAUCCUGCGUAUCACAGAGAACCACCAGGUGAGCAUCAUCGCCGGCCGGCCCAUGCACUGCCAGGUGCCUGGUAUCGACUACUCCCUCAGCAAGCUGGCCAUCCACUCGGCUCUGGAGAGCGCCACCGCCAUCGCCAUCUCACACGCCGGUGUGCUCUACAUCGCCGAGACAGAUGAGAAGAAGAUCAACCGCGUGCGACAGGUGAGCACCAGCGGCGAGAUCUCCCUGCUGGCGGGGGCCGCGUCCGAGUGCGAUUGCAAAAACGACGUGAACUGCAACUGCUUCGCGGGCGACGACGGCUACGCCACGGACGCCGGCCUCAACUCGCCCGCCUCGCUGGCCGUGUCGCCCGACGGCACCGUCUUCGUCGCCGACCUCAACAAUAUCCGCAUCCGGGCGGUGCGCGCCAACCGGCCGAGGCCCGCGGCGGCCGGACGGUACCAGGUGGCCUCCCCCCGCGAGCAGGAGCUCUACGUGUUCAACGAGGAGGGUCUCCACGUGCAGACGGUCAGCCUGAUCACCGGGGAACCGCUUCACAAUUUCUCGUACGGGCCGGACGGCGAGCUGGUCGCGGUCGUAGACAACUGCAACAACACGGUGCGGGUGCGACGCGACGGGGUGGGCCAGGGGGGCGCCGGGCUGCUGCGCCUUGUCCUGCUGCCCGAGAACCAGGUCGUGACUCUGGGACUGGACCCCGCUGGCAGGCUUCGCGCCAUCUCCACGCUCAACCAGGAGGUGGCGCUGCUGACUUAUGCCGGGAACACCGGCCUGCUGGCGUCCAAGACGGACGAGACAGGAUGGACCACGUUCUACGAGUACGACAGCGAGGGCCGUCUCACCAACGUGACGUACCCCACCGGCGUGGUCGUGAGCUUGCACUACGAAAUCGAGCGCUCCAUCAACAUCGACGUAGAGAGCUCAAACAGAGACGGCGAUGUCAGCAUCGUCACCAACCUGUCCUCUGUGGAGGCCUCCUAUACCGUGGUGCAGGACCAGGUUCGGAACACCUACCAGCUAUGCAGCAACGGCUCGCUGCAGGUGACGUACGCCAACGGGAUGGGCAUGAGUUUCCACACGGAGCCCCACGUCCUGGUGGGUGCGGUGAGCCCCACCAUCGGGCGCCGCAACAUCACGCUGCCCGCUGACAACAGCCUCAACUCCAUCGAGUGGAGGCUCCGAAAGGAGCAGAACAAGGGCAAGGUCACCGUCUUCGGGCGGAAGCUGCGGGCCCACGGCAGGAACCUGCUCUCUAUCGACUUCGACCGGAACACGCGCACUGAAAAGAUUUACGACGACCACCGCAAGUUUAUGUUGCGCGUCAUGUAUGACGCCCAGGGCCGCCCAGCCAUGUGGCUACCUAGCAGCAGCCUGGCCGUGGUCAACGUGUCCUACGCUGCCAGCGGUCAACUGGUGGGCCUGCAGCGUGGCAGCAUGAGUGAGAAGAUCGAGUUCGACUCCUUGGGUCGCAUCCUGACUCGAUCCUUUGUGGAUGGCAAGGUGUGGAGCUUCAGCUACUUGGAUAAGUCUAUGGUGUUGCUCCUGCAGACCCAGAGACAGUACGUCUUUGAGUUUGACACCUCUGGCCUCCUCACGGCUGUCACCAUGCCCAGCGUUGCAAGACACACAAUGUCCACCCACGUGUCCAUAGGCUACAUUCGUAACGUUUACAAUCCACCGGAGAGCAACGCCUCCGUCAUCCACGACUUCAGCCAAGACGGCCGCCCUCGCGCCACCUUCUUUCUUGGCACUGGUAGACGGGUCCUCUACAAGUACGGCAGGCUCGGCAAGUUGUCCGAGGUCCUGUACGACAGCACGGCCGUCACCUUCGGGUACGAUGACACCUCCGGCGUUCUCAAGAUGGUCAGCUUGCAGAGCGGUGGAUACUCCUGUACCAUCCGCUACCGCAAGAUGGGCCCAUUGGUCGACAAACAGAUCUACCGCUUCUCUGAGGAAGGCAUGGUCAACGCCCGCUUCGACUACACCUACCACGACAACAGCUUCCGAAUCGCCAGCAUGAAACCCGUCAUCAGUGAGACACCGCUACCCGUGGACUUGUACCGCUAUGACGAGAUCUCGGGCAAGGUGGAACACUUCGGAAAGUUUGGCGUCAUCUACUACGACAUCAACCAGAUCAUCACCACGGCGGUGAUGACUCUCACCAAGCACUUUGACACACACGGGCGCAUCAAGGAGGUGCAGUACGAGAUCUUCCGCUCUCUCAUGUACUGGAUGACUGUGCAGUAUGACAGCGUGGGCCGCGUGAUCAAACGAGAGCUUAAAAUCGGCCCUUACGCCAACACAACGCAGUACAGGUAUGAGUAUGACGGUGACGGGCAGCUUAGCGGAGUUAAGGUUAACAACUGGUCUGCCUGGCGCUACAGUUAUGACCUCAACGGCAACUUGCACCUGCUGAACCCGGGCAACAGCGCUCGCCUGCUGCCCCUGCGCUACGACCUACGUGAUCGCAUCACCCGCCUAGGCGAUGUGCAGUACCACCUCGACGAGGAUGGCUUCCUCAGCCAGCGCGGCACCGACUUCUUCGACUACAACUCCAAAGGCCUGCUGGUGCGUGCCUACAGCCGCGCCCCCGGAGGGUGGCAAGUGCAAUACAACUACGACGGCCUGGGCCGCCGCGUCUCCAGCAAAUCUAGCCUCGGCCAGCACCUGCAGUUCUUCUACGCCGACUUGAACAAUCCAACGCGCGUCACCCACGUGUUCAACCAUUCCAGCUCAGAGAUCACCUCACUCUACUACGACCUGCAAGGCCACCUGUUCGCCAUGGAGGUGAGCAGCGGGGAGGAGUACUACAUCGCCUCCGACAACACCGGCACGCCGCUCGCCAUCUUCAGCAGCAACGGGCAGAUGGUCAAGCAGCUGCAGUACACGGCCUACGGCGAAAUCUACCACGACUCCAACCCUGAGUUCCAGCUGGUGGUGGGCUUCCACGGGGGGCUGUACGACCCCCUCACCAGGCUUGUGCACUUCACCCAGCGGGACUACGACGUGCUGGCUGGCCGCUGGACGGCGCCGGACUACACCCUCUGGCGGAGGAUCGGCAAAGAGCCAGCUCCCAUCAACCUGUACAUGUUCAAGAACAACAACCCCUUGAGCGACGUGCUGGACAUCAAGAACUACGUCACAGAUGUGAAGAGCUGGCUGGUGAUGUUUGGAUUCAAGCUCAGCAACAUCAUACCUGGAUUCCCGAAGCACUCCGUCUACUUCGUGGAGCCUCCUUACGAGCUGCUGGCCACUCAGGAGUGCGAGAACUCACAGCUGAUGACGGGGGUGCAGCAGGCAGCGGAACGACACAACCAGGCCUUCAUGGCACUGGAGGGGCGGCUGCUGAACAAAAAGCACCGAGCCAAGCGGGACCGACCCGGUCACUGGUACGGCACCGGCGUCCCCAUUGUCGGGCGCGGCAUCAUGCUGGCGGUGAAGGACGGCGUCGUGACGACAUCUGUAACCAGCAUGGCCGGCGAGGACGGCCGCAAAGUGGCGCUGGUGCUCAACAACGCCAUCUACCUGGAGGGCACGCACUACACGCAGGACGGCCGCGACUGCCACUUCUUUGUCAAAGUGGGCUCUGCGGACGGGGACUUGCUGGCACUGGGGCUGGCCAACGGACACAGGACGAUGGAGAGCGGCGUCAACGUGACGGUGAGCGGACGGUCGCGGCGCGGCGCCACCGUGGAGUUCCGUGUCGCGGCACUGUCCCUUAGCGUGCGCUACGGGCAGGCGCCGGACGUGGAGGACAGGGAGCGAACGCGGCUCCUGGAGCUCGCUCGCCAGAGGGCGUUGUCGCAGGCCUGGAUGCGAGAGCAGCAGCGCGCCCGGGAGGCCAGGGAGGGCACGCGACUCUGGACCGACAGUGAGCGGCAGCAGCUGCUCUCCACGGGGAGGGUGCAGGGCUAUGAUGGGUACUAUGUGCUGCCCGCCGAGCAGUACCCCGAGCUGGCAGACAGCAGCACCAACAUCCAGUUCCUGCGACAGAAUGAGAUGGGCAGGAGGUAACAGAUGCCAGGCUCCCGCGCACUUUCCUCUCCUAAGGAGAACACAUGGGGACACACAGUGACAGCUGCAGGGACUU